GAGCAGGGCUGCCUUGGGUACUUCGGAAACGUCUCCGACUCACACUCGGAAUGUGGUUUAGCGUGUACCGCAGGACGGCGCAAUGAUUUAACUCUACUCCCAGCUGACUUGUCUGCAGGAGUAGAGUUAUCUGCGCCGGAUAACAAGCCCGGAAACACAAACUUGACCAAGUUAAAUGAAAAUAUCAGGGGUACGAACUGUUCUAGCGUCUACUUGGGGCUCCGGACUUAGGAGCAACAGGAGAGAGAGGGAGUUUUUCCAGAAGUCAACCAGCUCACUUAGCGAACCUUCUCAAAGAACACUCAGCCCCUAAAGACUUCGGGAGCGAGCCUGGCGUCUGCCCUCAGUCAAGAUGGCGGCCAAGGCGCCUGCGCGCCAGGGCGCACGCGCACUCCUUCGCACCAUCCUCCUCCGGUCCUGCCGAUCGCCACCCCUCCCACUCGCCAGCUGCGGCACUCUGCGCGUCCCCAGCCUCACCCCUCUCUGGCGGCCCCCUCCUGACCAGGCUCCCGAGCCCGGAAGUGGAUGUGGCCGCUUGGCAGAGAAGACGAGGGGGAGGGAGAAGUGCUUCCGGGGAAACGGGCCCCGGGUUGGUGUUUGUAAACUUGCCUCGGUCCCGGCGCGGGCAGCGGCGGCCGAGAGCUUGGCACCGGGUGCUUAGGGCCUGGAGGAGGCGCCGCGCGGCAGAGGAGACGGCGGGAGGCCGCGCCGGGCAGAUUUCCGGAGCAGACCUAGAGCUUCACCAAGAAAAUUCAACUGGGAAACCAAGACUGAUAGACUCUCAUUUCUUCAGACAAUAGGCAGAAGCCACAGACCUCGGAUUUUUGCAACACCUGUUUUCCCUUUGGAGGACGCUAAAUUCUUUGAGAGGACAAAGGCAGUUCAUUAUGGCAACUGAACUGAAAGAACAGGAAGGAGCCAUUACUGUGAUUUGGUGACAGUUCUUCAAACUACCGUGUCUUAAGGAAAGCUGGAUAAAGAACUUCUGAACUUUUGGGUUCAUUAAGUGAAAAAUCAGCAUGGCUCAGGUAAAAAGCUCUCGCGUCCUCCUUCAAGACCGCUCACUGGGAAGCCUUUUGCAGUGUCACUCUUGAAUUCUGCCUUAGUCAACAGUGUUGACCAUCCCCAGUGAGCCGAGCUCUGUAUUAAGCACCAGGGGGAGAUCUAGAGGAAGGAAAGGAGACAGGCCUCCCUGCCUUCAGGGAGCUUCCAGUCAAAUGAAGGAGGAAUUUUAUUGAGCUCCUGUUACAUGCAAGGCAUUGUGCUUGGAAUACAAAGAUGAAUAAGAUUGUCCUUGUCCCCAGCAAGUCUUCUGGCUUGUGAAGGCCUAGCGGGUGUGAGUUUGGUUCCCACUGCAGCCAGCAAGAAGAUGAUGCUAAGCCAGAUUGCCAGCAAGCAGGCGGAAAAUGGCGAGCGGGCAGGUAGCCCUGAUGUGCUGAGGUGCUCGAGUCAGGGCCACCGAAAAGACGCUGAUAAAUCCCGGAGCCGCAAAGACGAUGACAGCUUGGCCGAGUCCUCCCAUUCGAAAAAGACUGUUAAAAAGGUGGUGGUAGUGGAACAAAAUGGCUCUUUCCAAGUAAAGAUCCCAAAAAAUUUUAUUUGUGAGCACUGCUUUGGAGCUUUCAGGAGCAGCUACCACCUCAAAAGGCACAUCCUGAUCCACACUGGCGAGAAACCAUUUGAGUGUGAUGUAUGUGAUAUGCGUUUCAUCCAGAAGUACCAUCUUGAACGCCACAAGCGUGUGCAUAGUGGUGAGAAGCCUUACCAGUGUGAACGAUGUCAUCAGUGUUUUUCUCGGACAGACCGACUACUAAGACACAAGCGGAUGUGCCAAGGAUGCCAGUCCAAGACGUCUGAUGGGCAGUUUUCUCUAUAGGCACGGGGGCCCACCGAAGAGCACACCCCUCUGCUCUGAUGGCCCUACCACCACUCCCUCUGAACCUGUCCCCCUUCCUAGAGGAGUGGCCCCAGGUGAGCAGACGAGACCAUCAGAGGACAGCGGCUCCAGAGCCUCAGCUCUGUAAAUAGUCUGAGACUGUGCCACUCUCAGGAGUUCCGGCAGCAUUCCUGGGCAGGGAGCUGGUCCCGGGACCCUGACCUGAGGACUGAAAUGUUCCCACAAUCUUGAACUGGAACCGGCAGCUGAAAUGAAAAGGACUGAGGAGGGGAAUUUGUUUGUUCUGCUCUUGUUUUUGUUUAUCCAGAAGCGAUUACAGCAGGUAAAUAGGGGACACAGAUAAUCUGGAGACGCAAAGUAAGGACUGUGACUGGCCCAGCCGUUUUUGUUACCGUAGGCCUUUGGUGGUCCACAGCCCUGCAUCUUACUUCCUGUGUGAAAGAAAAUAGGACCAGGACUGGCAGCUAAGCUUACUUGGACUUGCUAUACACUGUGCGGACAGAAGGAGAGGCUGGAGGAGCAGUGUGAGCUGACAAGAAGAGUGGGCAUCCCUUUUUCUCUCCUCAUAAGAGCAGUGUUGUGUCCAUGGUUGUUGUCAGGGUUUGUGCAACGCCAGUGCCUGAUGGGGUCAGCUCAAGUGCCUUUGGAGAAAGCUUGGGUGGGGUAGCCCAUGCAGCCCUUUUGUCUGGGCAGUUGGUCUUGGUUAUGGUUUGUGGCUACCUCACUGUCCUUGACAGAGGCAGCAGUUGAGCAGAGAGCUGUGGGUGUCAAGUGGACUGUCCCCUUGUACCAUCUUAGAACAACUAAGGAUAGUGCAGAGUUGCCAACAACUGUUAGAGACGCAAACGUGACGGCCCUGAUGUGACUCUUGUGAUAGAGCCCCUUCCUGCCCAAGUCCUGUGGCAGUUCAAGUAGUGGAGGUGGAGGUCUGGUCUUCAGUCCCAAAGAACAUGAACUUGGCUUCCUCCCUGACAGGCAUCCCUACCCAACAAGGUAGAGGAUGCCGCAGAGGAAGGAGCCUAAUGUCUGUUUUAUUGUUGACCUUAUUCUGUUCCGAACCCCAUCUUGUCUACCCCUGAGAAAGUGAUGAGGUGCGUGUCUUUGUCUGAUUUGUGGGUGCUUUAUGUAUUUGCUUGGAAGGGAUGAAAAUUAUUGAGCCAAAUUUAUUCGGCCACCAACUUAGAGGACAGAAAGCAUAGAGCAGCCUCCCCACCCAGGCAUGAAGGGUGCCUGCCUCCCAGAGGUUGCUGAGAACAAGGGAACCGAGGGGGUUUGUUCCAGAAGGAUUUUUUUGGGUUUUUGUUGUUGUUGUUUUUAGACUGAUUCAACAGUACUGCUUAGAGUGUUUCUAAGCCAGGGCUUAUGGAUACGUAUUUUCUAAAGUGAAAUAACUCCCUUCCUACUAAAGAAAGGAUCCUUAGGGAGGUUUUGGAAUUCCAUUGCGCACUGCCCCAUGCCAGGGGACCUACUUGAGGUGUAAUCAUGGAGAUUGACCUGAGCACACAUAGCUGUAGCUGUGAGUAGAAAUCUGAGAGGCAGCCCAGCCUCCAGCAAGUUCUUGCCUAGCAAAGAGGGCCAGACAGCAAAUUUCGGCUAUGGCCUCUCUCUUCCAGAGUGUUGAGGGAUGGGACGUCAUACCUCUUGGGUUGAAGUACUUCAGGGAAAAAGAAGGGGAGAUGUUUCAACCUUCAGCUUGCCUCUGACGCACCUGAGAGCCUUGGUGAGGUCAGAAAUGUUCACUGCCGUAUGUUCUAGCGUCAUGCUGUCCCUACUGUUAGACAUGCUCUAGAACCUGUGACCCCAGGGCAUCUUUGCGCAUCUAAGGCAGACCAUUUCAUGUCAGAGGGUUCUUCUGCUGGGCUGGGAUUUUUCUGUCAUUGAACUCUGGGAAAGGAUACACUAAGAAAGAAAUCCUCCCAAAAAUGCUUCUGGAAAUGGGAUCCUUCCCUGCUCCUAGAAGAUGAUCUGUGGGGAGAGGUAGAAGACUGACCCAGGCUUCUCCAUGUCUGGAUGUAUGUACUGGGUCAGAGCAGGCCCUGCAGGCCAUGGCUUCCUGCCCGAGUGGAAGCUGUGAGGGAGAGAACUUGAGGAUGUGUGUACAGAUGGCCCAGCCAGAACCACACUGCCAAGGCCUGGGUGUGAGAAGCCCAGGGGCCGGCAGUGGUAGAGGACAGACAGGCUCUGGGGUGAAGAGUAACAGGACACCCAAGGGCCCAGGAACCACAGGGCUCCUGGGCUGCUGUGUUAGCACUGGACAGAUGUCUCAGGUGUGUGUAGAAAGGGGAAUGAAGAGCGGGCAGGUGCCCAGAGAUCCAGAUGUGAAGUGGGGUUGCGUGGGGAGAGUAACACCAGUCCCUGGGUGGCUCCUGUGCAGCCCUGCCGUCUGCCCUUGCUGGUGCCUGUCCUUUCCGUCCAUCACUCAGCUACUGAUUGUGCUCCAUAGCUUGACAUGGAGGGUUAGAUGGGUGGAGUCCUACCACAGCUCGGCCCUCUCCCAGGUUCCUCUGCCCCUGCUGUGGGCCUGGGCUUUUAUCUUCAAUUCCCCUCCUACCAUGCUCCACUUUUUUUUUAAAUAUACUUAUUUUGCUAUGGGGGAGGGGACUAUCAAAUGAACAAGAUCACUUUUAAAUGGUAGUUUUUAUAAGAUGUUAUAAACUUGUAUCUUUUUACCAUUAAAGUGCAGUGUAUGUUCCUUCGUGUUCUAUUUAGGGUAUUUAAAUAAA